AUGGCGGGUAACAGUUUAACGCUAACGUGCCGUGAUCUGUUGUCAUUUGCCUGGCAGUGUGCGCGUGGAAUGGGCUACCUUGCUAGUCAAAAGGUGAGUACUUCAACAGUCCUGGCUCGGAAGUGAUUGACAAAUGCAAAAACUCACAAACAUUAAAGUUGCUAGAUGAGGUUUCGCGCGAUAUCGACUAUUGUUAAAAACCGAAUCAUUGAAUAAUGCAAUUCUAGUGCUCUGAUUGGCUUAUCAAUCAUGGUAUAUGAGCCAUUAUACCAUACUCUCCAAAUAUGGUAACUGUACGUGUCUGCUCAAAAUUAAAAACAAGCUGAAAAUCGGUUGUUUUUAAAAAUAAAAUCCGGAAGAAUUCUCGUUUUUUUGUGGGCGUUUUUAAUAAAACAAUAUUAUUCCAGUCGCGCUUGUUGGGAUGGUAGAUACCCAACUCAUAUCCAACGCGCCCUCGAGGAAUAACUGUUAAUUAGCCUGUUCCAAGGGUUCAGAUUGUAUGGACGGCGUAGAGAAAUGUUAGCAGGCAAACAGCUGAAAACUCCCUCUCUUUCUCGUUAUUGUUUUCCCGCUCUCAGACUUCGCGCCGGCACCCCACUAUGUGAACGCUUGGAAACGGCUAAUCCAAAAUUGGUUACGGCUGAUAAUUCUAGAGAUCUCGAAAAACUGAUUGUGUUUAAUGAUACUUUGCUUUUGUGGUAUGCUUUUUUUAUUUUUGUUAUUGUUGGCAGGGUUAGCUCAGUCGGUAGAGCGCUUGACUACAGAGUGGGAGGUUGCGGGCUCGAUUCCCGUGGUCGGACCAAUACUCAGGGUCUUAAAAUAACUGAGAAAUGAGGGUACUCCCUUUGCGCUGCGAGCGGCUAGACCUUCGCAUGGCUCGGGUGACCAUGUAAAAUGGCGGUCCCGACUCCAGUAGGAGACGUAAAAAAUAGUGUCCCCAAUUACGACUUUCGUGCUAAAUAUAUUGACACUCCAAAAAAGUGCAUUUUUUUUUUUUAUUUAUUUAUUUAUUUAAUUAUUCUUAUUUGUUUAUUUACUUUUUGCUUUCUAAUUGUCCGCUCUGAUUUGGUUCUUUCUCUUUUCUUUUAUAGGUUGUGCACAGGGAUUUGGCCGCCAGAAACAUUCUAGUCGACAAAGGUCACGUUUGUAAAAUCGCCGAUUUUGGUUUGGCAAGAGAUAUCUACGAAAAGAAGCAGUAUUUGAAACUGGGAGAAGUACGUGAAUUUUUUUUCUUCCUCAGCUCUGCGGCCACUUACUGAAAUCCCUGUCUCCCUGUUGUGGUACCUUCAGUGUUCGAAGUUGAGGGCGGCAUGUCUUGUACCGCACAUGUGUGCUUGGAUUAACUCAUAGCUUAUGGCAACAAUGCUCUAGCAGUUAGUAUCGGUUGUGUCGUGCCAAUGUUGUAAAUAAGGCCUUACCAGCUAUUCACAGCCGCUGCCACUUAAUUGGUACAUCAAAUGGUAUGGUCUCCUACGGCGAUGUCACUCAGCACUUUCUCGAAGUGUUGCGCGACAAACUAAUACGGCUUUCUAGACUGCCAGACUGCCAGACAGACUACGUCAGACGUACGUCAGGGCGUAACGUUAGCUUCUCUAUCUUUUUACCUUGGCCAGAACUACCUUAUCAACUCAGUUGCAAAAACCAAAUCUUCGUAUUUGACUCCCCAACCGACGCAACACCACAGUUUCUUUAGAAACUAAACCCUUCAUUGAUCUGCAGUACUCUGAGAAAACAGCUGUCAUUUUGCCACGCCGCCAAUGAUUUUUCCGCGAAAUGAGGACUGAGGAACAAGCGCAGAAAUUCCAUGGUUAUGCGCUCGUACUACAGACAUCAUUUCGCGGGAAAACGAGUAGUGACGUUGCGAAAUAUCGCCUGCUUUCUCAGGCUAAUCUGUGGAAAACGUUAAGUCCACAAAGGGUACGAUAUUCUGUUAAGUGGUAGUGAUGCCCAUUUCUAUGCCUCCAGAUGUCUGUCAUGGAUAUAUUUCUUCGCAAAGUACUCGCUGUCCAGCCAUUUACGACGUUGCUUCACUCGGCUCCUAGUGCUAGUUUCAUAGAUUUUUAUGUUGGUGUUUUCAGGCGGACUUGCCUCUCAGAUGGAUGGCCAUAGAGUCAAUAUUUCAGGGCGUAACAACCACUGAAAGUGAUGUGUAAGUAUUUCUCGCUCUCUCUCUCGUUUUUUCGUUGCCUCUCUUGUUUUUUCUGUGCCUUCCUUUUUUAUAUCUAGUUUUAUUGCCCGCUUCAUCAUCUUUCUUUCCCAUGGAAUUGUAUCUGGCUAUCUUUCCAGGGACCGAACGGGGGAAAUUUUCUCUGGAAUAGGGUUGUAGGUAAAAAGCUAAGUUCAACCCAAAAUGUUGAGAGGCUUUUUGUGUGUAACUAGGGCGUGAUUGGUUAGAAUGUCCAAAAGUGGUUUCCUGUGCAGCGAUUUUUCCUUGUUGAAUGCGCUGCUUACUAACUUAAACGCUUACACUGAAAGCAAAGUGGGUUUAGAAAGGAAAAUAUCCAUCGUUCCAUGUGGAACGAAAACGGCCUAAGCGGUAGGGUUAACUUCUGCAAAAUGCAAACUAUUUUAAACUAGGGUAGGGUAGGUAGGGUAGGGUUAACUUCUGCCAAAUGCAAACUAUUUUAAUGUCUUUGAUUUUAAACUUGAGCCCAACUUUUGUUUUCUAGGUGGUCUUUUGGUAUUCUGUUAUGGGAAAUUGUGACGUUAGGUAAGAAUGAACAUCCAAUUCAAAACAAUAGCUAACCAACAAUAGUUUCGGCAAAACCAAGAAACACCCCAGAAAACACUGAAUCAAAAUACAUAUAGAAAAAAGAAGCGAAAUUCAGAGCACAGAGUUUCAAGAUGGUUUUCUGUUUCAACCAAAGUAGUUUGUGACGUCCAUAAAGCUUUUUUUCUUGCCUUCUGCUCGUCGAGAAGUUCAUUUUUAUUUGCUCUGUACCUGACGGGGUACCUGGUUAGCGGCUAUUUUCUUCUUACACACCGGUACGAGUUUUUUAUCUUUCUAACUAGUAAUAACCAAAGGUUACGGAGUGCGGGCGACAACGAUCGAAGGUCAAAACGCUUUUAGUCCAUCGCUGUGCUUUGCGCAAGUUUCACGUGACAAGUAGUCAAAACAGGGGUGAUCAGAUUACGAGUGAUAGAAGGUCUAAACUCCAUUCAUUCUUAGUGAAAGUCCAAAGGAAUGCCAGGUACAUUCAUGCCGCGCAUGCGUAAUAACAACCUGGAGAUUAGGAUUGCGGGCUCCUCUUGUCGCCCGUUUUUCGCCCGCAAUUAGACUUGUUUUUUGUUCUUAUUAUUUUAGGAGCUCAUCCAUACCCAGCUUUAGGUCGAGAUCAGUUGAUUGAAGAGCUGCGUUCAGGGUACAGGAUGCCGAAACCAAAAUUCUGUUCCGAUGAGUUGUGAGUAUCUUAGAUGUAGCGUUUGUUAAGACGCCUUUUAACUUUUUCUCCUGAAGGGAUAUCCUUUGGUUUGUCUUAACGAGUUUGAGUUGAAGAAGUUGUUGAUAAAAAUUAAGUAAAUGUAGUUUCGUCAUUUCAUUUUUAUAAUUUGUCUCUAGAUAUUCUAUCAUGUGGCAGUGUUGGCAACAAGAACCUGCAUCUAGACCAACAUUCCUGGAGUUAGGAAAAACACUCCACAGACUGAUGACUGCACAGACGGUUGGUAUACAUUACUUUUUGGAGUGCCAAACCUUUCGUGUAAACAAUAAAUUUUUAUUGCAUCGUAUCAGAGUAUAAAAUUGUCGUGUCAAGUUGGUUUGGGACAACUCGAACAGCCCACUUAAGCAACUGUUAGAGCCGUAGCCAGAAAAAAAUAAGGACUGAGGCAAUAUUCAUGAUUGAAUUCCCCGCCUAGCUAUUUAUGAUGACUACGUUUAAACAAAACACUGGGAUCAAACCUUAAAUGACUGAGGCAAGUGCCUCGGUUUGCUCAUACUGGCUACGGCCCUGACUUUGAAAUAAAACCUGAGCCAAAAGGGUCUUUAGCGAGUUUCGAACCUGUAACCCCUCCGUUACCGUUCGGUGCCCUACCAACUGACGCAUAUCUGUUAAGCAGUUGACCUUCUAUCAGCUUUAGUGUCGUUGUCAUUUUUUCCGCCCUUUUCUAUUUAUUACCAAUUUUGGCGAACCUGAAUUUAAGUUAGCUACGAUGAAACAUUUGAAAGGUAGGCUGCCCUUUCGUACCGAAGUAAUGUGAAAAGUUUUUUUUGUUUCGUUUUUUUUUUAUUUUAUUUUUCUUUUUACCACACAGGCUAAUAAUCCUCUUUUUGAGGGGUUGCUGUAUUAGUAAAUGAGUAAAUGAACGAAUGAAUGAAUGAAUGAAUAAAAAACUUAACGCCGUUCGUGUCGCUUGUGUACGCGUAAAGUUGCAUGUGCAUGCAAGGCUCAAAUCAAAAAGCCUGUUUAUCGCUUAUCCUCAUUUAUUUUUGUGAUUUCAGCUGUCCAUUGAUUUGGACAAUUAUGAUCGAAGCUACAUAAACGCAACGAAGGAGCUUGAGCUUUGA